UCCGAUUUCUAUUUAUCUUUGUAAAUUUAUUUAUACUAAUUAUUAAUUACUCUAUAAUAUUCAUGAUAUAUUUAUAGAAUUUCAAGUCUUAACUAGAUUAAGUUUUACGUAAAUAGUUUUCAGAGCAGCUUGACUGUUUAGAAACAUGGAUAGGAAUAAUAUGAGAGCUCCGUACGUGAGCAGCGGCCCGCGCAGCCUCCCGCACCUCGGCAAGCGGCACUCGAACGGGCAUUCGCACGCGCACUCUGCCAGACUCAGCCCGCCAGCGCCCUCACACAACAACAACACACAACAGGACGAUAUCAUCAACUAUAUAUACGACUCGUGGAACAAGGUGACCCGAGAGGUGGAGCGCGGCGGCGAGGAGGCGCGCUACUACAGCGAGGCGCCGCCGCCGCGCCAGCUCGCCAACUUCCGCCCCUUCAACCUCGACGAGUGGUGGGGCCGCCGCCUGCUGCAGGCCAUCAACCGCUCCAAACACCGCUCCUAGUUCCGGGGCACAGGUUCUGA